AUGGAAAAGGAAGGAUUCGCUCGUCUGUUCCACAAUUUCGAGAAUGUGAUCGAACCAAAAAUGUGCUCAACAUCUGGCACGGUGCCAAGUUAUUUGAAAGGCACAAUGGUCAGAAAUGGACCAGGGAUGUUUGAAAUCGGAGAAAAUAAAUAUAAUCAUUGGUUCGAUGGAUUGGGCUUCAUUCAGCGGUAUCAUUUCAAGGAUGGCAAGAUGUACUACUCGGCUCGAUAUCUGGAAUCCGAAGCCUACAAAAAGAAUAUGGAAGCCCAGCGUAUCGUUGCUGGAUCCUUUGGAACUGGAACAUUUUCGGAUCCCUGCAAAACGAUUUUCUCGAGAUUCUUCUCGAAUUUUGUUCCGAACGAUGAGAAACAUGACAACGCCAAUGUGGCGUUCACUCCCGUUGGAGAUGGUGUCUAUGCGUGUACAGAGACACCGCACAUGUUGAGAAUCGAUUUGGAUACUUUGAAGACUUUGGAACCGAUCGACAUGUCAAAAUACGUUGCCCUUCACACAUGUACCGCCCAUCAACUUUACGACGAGAACGGGGACGUGUACAACAUUGGAUCUCGUUUCGGACCCGACUCGGCUCAUCAAUCACUCUUGGGAGCACACGGAGAAAAUUGGAGAGAUAAAGUGUACGGAAGCAAUGAUCCGACUUAUAUGCACUCCUUUGGAAUGUCCGAAAACUAUUUGAUAAUGUUCGAAUCACCGAUUCGGCUGGAUAUCAAGAAAUUUUUGAUGCGAAACUUUAUCAGUGCCACGUAUCGAGACUGUCUGAAAUGGCAUAGUGAUAAGGAGGUCAAAGUGUUCAUUAUGGAUAAGAAGACCGGAAAAAAUUUGGAUGUGAAGUUCGAAAUGGACCCGUUCUUCACAUUCCAUCAUGCCAAUACAUUUGAAAAAGAUGGAUGUUUGGUGGUGGAUUACUGUAGAAUGGGACAGACGGGCAAUUUUGACGCGCUGCUCAUUGAGAAUAUGAAGACCGGCAAUUUUCAGAAUGACCCCAACUUCCUUCCCUACCUCACUCGCCUCAUCAUUCCAUUAUCAAUCCCGGACAAUGCGAAAACCGAAGAGAAUCUUCUAGAAUCUCUGGAUUGGGCUUCUGGGUGCUCAGCGAUUCUUCAAGCCAACGAAGUGAUAAGGCUCAAGGAGAAGAGGACUUGUAAUGUUUCCAUGGAAUUCCCCCGUUAUCACUGGGAGAAAAUCAACAUGAAGGAGUACAAAUACGUCUACGGUUGCCUCAUCGUCCCCAUAAUGACACUUUCCGAAGGUCAAAACCCAUUUGUGCUAAUUUUGGACGCUAAAAAUUUGCUGGAAAUCGCGAGAUUCACAAUUCCAGAAGCCCGAAUUCCACUCGGAUUCCAUGGAUUCUAUAAAGGAAGACCGGAAAUUUGA